AUGCCAGAUUCUGCAUCGAAUGAUUCUGGUUCGAGGGUAUGUGACCCUCAACACUCUCAGAACCUCCUCAGAGUUCUUCGCACUUUCUGGCAAGAGCAAAGCUUCCAUGAUGCACUUCUGGUGGUGGACGGUGAGGAACUUCCUGUCCAAAAAAAUAUCUUGGCUGCAGCCAGCCCAUAUAUUCGGACCAAGCUAAACUACAAUCCUCCAAAAGAAGAUGGGUCAACCUACAAGAUUGAGCUACAGGGGGUCUCCAUGCCAAUCAUGAAACAAAUCCUCGACUUUAUCUUCAGUGGUGAAAUAACUUUGAGUGAAGGGACCAUCCAGGACAUGGUGCAAGCAUCGGAUCUGCUUCUCAUGACAGAGCUAAAGUUGUUGUGUUGCCAGUUCCUUGAAAGCUGCAUCACAGCAGAGAACUGCAUUGGCAUCCGUCUUUUCUCCCUCCAUUACUGCCUACACCAUGUCCAUUACGCUGCCACGGAGUACCUGCACACGCAUUUCCGCGAUGUGGCGCUCACAGAAGAGUUCAGGGAGUUGCCUCACGACCGACUCUGUGAAGUGCUGGCUGAGGAGAAACUUAACGUCGGAAAUGAAAAGCAUGUGUUGGAGGCUGUCGUGCGAUGGCUAACACAUGAUCCAGAGACUCGAAGGGUGCAUAUGAGGGAAGUCAUGUCUGCAGUGUGGUUGCAGGGCUUGGAUGUGAGCUACCUUAGAGAACAGGCCUUGGGGGAGCCGCUGAUGAGAGAGGUGAUCAGAGAACACUGUCAGCCAGUGCUAUCAGAGAAUCCGCUGCAAGGUGAAGCUCUUCUGGCUGCUUUCAAGCCUCGAGGUUACUCUGAGUGCAUCGUUGUUGUUGGUGGAGAGGAUCGUAGGACCAGAAAACCCACUGCUCUAACUCGCUGCAUGUGUCCACUCUAUGACGCCAACCGACAAGCAUGGAUCGAGCUCCAGCCUAUGAGCAUCGCCCGUGUGGGCCAUGGAGUGGUCGCUGCUGAGGGAUUUCUAUUUGUUGUGGGUGGCACAGAUGAGAACAAUGUAAUCUUGGACACUGGUGAGAAGUAUGACCCAGACUCCAAUACAUGGAGCCCCAUACCCACGAUGUUACAGGCUCGACAGAACUUUGGAAUGGUGGAGCUAGAUGGUUUGAUUUAUAUUCUUGGCGGGGAGAAUGCAGAAUGUGAACUGAUCACCGUAGAAGUGUUUGACCCUCAUGUCAAUACCUGGAAGAUGCAGACCAGUAUGACGAUGAUCCGCAAGGUGGGAUGCUAUGCCUCUAUGAAUAAGAAGAUCUAUGCCAUGGGUGGUGGUUCCUAUGGAAAACUUUUUGACUCAGUUGAAAGCUUUGACCCUAAAACCCAGCAAUGGACAGGCCUCUGUCCACUUAAGGAGCGAAGGUUCGGAUCAGUGGCCUGUGGCAUCGGCAAAGAGCUGUACGUAUUCGGAGGGGUGAGAAGUCAAGAGAACGACAACCCACAGCAACGUCAUAUGAUGACCUGCAAGUCGGAGUUCUACCAUGACGAAAUGAGAAGGUGGAUGUUCCUUGAUGACCAAAAUUUAUGUAUCCAGACUAGCUCAUCCUUUGUGUACGGUGCCGUUCCAGUCGGGGCCAGCAUCUAUGUAGUGGGGGACCUUGACACCGGUACCAGUUUCGACUACAUCCGUGAGUUUCGCCGUAGCACGGGCACCUGGCAUCGUACCAAGCCAAUGUUAGCCAGCGACCUUUCUAAAACAACCUGUGCUGCCCUGCGCAUCGCCAACUGUCGUCUGUUUCGCCUUCAAUUGAGCCAAGGGAUGUUUCGAAUCCGAGUCUGA